CUUAGAUUCUCCUCAGACCUUAAGAAUGAAGGUCACGGCGCCCGGAACCCUCCUUCUGCUGCUCUCGGGGUCCCUGGCCCUGACCGAGACCUGGGCAGGCUCCCACUCCAUGAGGUUUUUUUACACCGUCAUGUCCCGGCCCGGCCGCGGGGAGCCCCGCUUCAUCGCCGUCGGCUACGUGGACGACACGCAGUUCGUGCGGUUCGACAGCGACGCCGCGAGUCCGAGGAUGGAGCCGCGGGCGCCGUGGAUGGAGCAGGAGGGGCCGGAGUAUUGGGAAGAGCAGACACAGAUCGCCAAGGACAAAGCACAGAAUUGCCGAGGGAGCCUGUACGACCUGCGCGGCUACUGGAACCACAGCGAGGCCGGGUCUCAUACCUACCAGUUCAGGUUUGGCUGCGACGUGGGGCCGGACGGGCACCUCCUCCGCGGGUACAGGCAGGACGCCUACGACGGCACCGAUCACCUCGCCCUGAACGAGGACCUGCGUUCCUGGACCGCGGCGGACGCGGCGGCUCAGAUCACCCAGCGCAAAAGGGAGGCGGCCGGUUUGGCGGAGCGCUGGAGGAACUACCUGGAGGGCACGUGCGUGAAGCUGCUCCUCAGACACCUGGAGAAGGGAAAGGAGACGCUGCAGCGCGUGGACCCCCCAAAGACACAUGUGACCCGCCACCCCAUCUCUGACCGUGAAGUCACCCUGAGGUGCUGGGCCCUGGGCUUCUACCCUGCGGAGAUCACCCUGUCCUGGGAGCGUGAUGGGGAGGACUUGACCCAGGACACAGAGCUUGUGGAGACCAGGCCUGCAGGGGAUGGGACCUUCCAGAAGUGGGCGGCUGUGGUGGUGCCUUCUGGAGAGGAGCAGAGAUACACGUGCCAUGUGCAGCACGAGGGGCUGCCUGAGCCCGUGACCCUGAGAUGGGAGCCGCCGCCUCAGUCCACCAUCCUCAUCGUGGGCGUCCUUGCUGGCCUGGGUCUCCUUGGAGCUGUGGUGGCUGGAGCUGUGAUCUGGAGGAAGAAGCGCUCAGAUGGAAAAGGAGGGAGCUACACUCACGCUGCAAGCAGUGACAGUGCCCAGGGUUCUGAUGUGUCUCUCAAGGCAGCUUGAAACAGCUGCCUGUGGGGGACAGAGUGAUGCAAGAUUUGUUCCUGUCCCACCCUCAUUGUGACUUAAGGAAUCUCUGACUUCUGCUUCUGCAAAGGGCAUCUGAGGGUGUCUGUGUUCCUAUUAGCAUAAUAUGAGGAGAUAGGAAGACUAGUCUCUGCCGUGACCCCCUCCCACACUGACCUGUCUUCUGUCCCCUGAUUGACUUUCCUGUUCCAGCAGACGUGGGGUUGGCUCCAUCCCUGUCUUUACUUCGUGUUGCCCUGAGCUGCAGCUUCUUCCUUCCUUAUUGAGAAUAAACAUCUGGAUAUGAACUUGUU